GACCCAAGGCUAGACAAAUAUCUUUACCUCUGCUCCAACACGUUUUCUUGGCUCGGGAAGGUUCAUUUGGGCGACCAAAUACAAACCAGCUUAUGUCAAACUCAGAUUGCAGCAUUGUUUUGAGUACAAGAAAGAAACUCGACAUCUAUCCAAUUCUAGUUGACCUAGGGCUGCCCCAACCGACUUAGAACCCUUAUAAAUACCUCUCCUGCACCCCAAGGCUCAACACCCAUGAAACCAUGACUCACGAGCCACCCCAAACUCGCCACAAAGUCGAUCGCAUGGAAUCCGCGAGACAGCAGGAAACUGUCUUGUAUCCAUCUAUUCCCGGGGUACUUGAACAUCUUCUUGAAGAUCCAACGGUGAAAAUGUUGUGGCAGAGAGUCUACUCCAAGCCUGUAAAAUUUGAGGGAAAUCAAAUGAUGCAAACUCCCGUGUCGUCCAAUCUACAGAGACCAUGUGCAGGCAUGAUUCUCUGCGAUGUCAAACCUUCGCCAAUCUCCGUCACCAAGGUCAUCUCCGAGCCGCUAUCCCUGAGGAGGGAAUCUGUCCAGAUUUGGUUUUGCGAGCAGCCCAGCGAUCGACUCGGAUUCCCUCCUUGGGAACCUGUCCAGAUUUGGUUUUGCGAGCAGCCCAGCGAUCCUCCCAGGGAAUCUUGCCUGAACAGGGUCUUGGUAGAUUGGAUAGCACAAGAGUUUUCACCAUUGGAUCGCCCUCAAAUUUUACAGCAACAAUUUCACCGUUGGAUCUUCAAGAAGAUGUUCGAGUCGCCUGGAAUAGAUGGAUUACGGGACAGUUUCCUGCUGUCUAGCGGAUUCCGCGUGAAAAACUUUGUGGCGACUUUGGGUGGCUCAUGAGCUAUGGUUUCGUUGGUUUUGAGCCUUUGUGUGCAGGAGAAGUAUUUAUAAGGGCCUAGGUCCGUUGGGGCUUCCCUAGGUCGACUAGAAUUUGAUAGAGAUUGAGUUUGUUUCUUGUAUUCGAAGACAAUGCUGGAAUCCGGGUUUGACACGGGUUGGUUCAUAUUUGGUCACCCAAAGGAUGCUCCUGGAGCCAAGAAAACAUGUUAGAGCAGAGGUAACCAUAUUUGGCUAGCCUUGGGUCGUUGGUCUUGAGCCCGGAUGAAACUUAAGGUGAGUUUGUACCGUCGGUUUAGAGGAAAAGAUUGAUAAGUGAGCUUGAUUUCGAGUAGAAGGUGGAUAGGAGUCCAAGUAACCCCAAGCUCAAAUACUAGUGCACUUUCCAUGAACUUGUCUAAGAGAAGGAAAUGCAAAAGAUAAAAUAAAUUGUUCAACUUUUA